CGUUCCCCUCUUUCGUUUCUCUCUUCAAAAGUUGCCGUACUUUACGACCUCUCCUUAAAGUUUCGCACUUGGUACCUCAACCCUCCGUCCAAAUCCUCGUCUCUCUCUUCAAAUCCUGAAUCAAUUUGCAAAAUUUGUUCGAGCUCUUGCUUCUAAUUUUUCCUCCAAAUUCUCCCAAAUGUCAGAUUCGGAGAAACAGGUUGUUCUGAUCACCGGCUGCUCGGAGUCGGAGGGUGGCAUCGGCCACGCCCUCGCCCGUGCCUUUGCGGCCGAGGGGUGCCACGUCAUCGCGACGAGCAGGUCCCUGGCCUCAAUGGAGAGCCUUGGGGCUGAUCCUCGCUUUUUCCUUCAAGAACUUGAUGUUUGCUCUGAAGAGAGCAUAAGGAAAGCUGUGGAGAAUACAUUGGAUAAGUUUGGCCGGAUCGAUGUUCUUGUUAACAACGCGGGCGUUCACUUGGUGGGUCCGCUGGCCGAGGUCCCGAUGCCUGAUGUGGAACAAGUCUUCAAUACUAACGUAUAUGGUCCCCUGAGGUUAGUCCAAGCUGUGGUUCCUCACAUGAUAACUAGGAGAAGGGGCAAGAUCGUAAAUGUUGGAAGUGUUUCAGCUCUGGCCCCUGGACCAUGGGCUGGUGCUUAUUCUGCAUCAAAAGCUUCUAUCCAUGCACUAACAGAUACAUUGAGGCUAGAACUCAAGACUUUUGGGAUAAGCGUUGUAAGUGUGGUCCCCGGUGCAAUCAGAUCAAAUUUCGGAGACUCGUCUUUGGUGAAAUACAGUAAGCUUCCGGAGUGGAAAUUCUACAAACCUUAUGAAGCUGCAAUCCUAGCAAGGACCAAUAUCUCUCAAGGCCCCAAAUCAACACCUGCAGAAGAGUUUGCUAAAAAGACAGUCUCAGCCAUAUUGAAGAAGAAUCCACCGGCCUGGUUCUCUUAUGGUCAACUAUCCACAAUUUUAGGCAUCCUUUACUACAUGCCCUUGUUCAUUAGGGAUAUUGUUUACAGGAUGGCAUUGAAAUGUUGACCAAAGGGGAAAAAAAAGAAAAAAAAAACAGUUCAGUUUAAGAGCAAAGUGCUACGAGUUUUGAACAAUUCUAUGUGUAGAUUUUGUUAUUAUGAUUCACUUGUUUCAGCUUUUUUUUUACCUUUCAUAUUUGUGAAGUAAAACCUGUGUGUUAUUGUAGUAGUGGUUGCUUACUGCAAUUUGAAUUGUUUUGGCUUGUGAAGCUU